UUAAGCACUGUAUUAUAUUUCAGUUUUAAUAUGAUAACGAUUUUGAUUAUCCUUUUCUCGAUGAGUUGUGUGAUGACUCAAAUUAUACAAAUGGAGCCAUCACAGGGAAUACUCAUCCCAGCUGGAAUAGCGCAAUCAGUGCGCAUUACUCGGUCAUCACAAUCUAAUUCUACACCUCCAACGGCAUAUAGCAGUGUUUCUACAUAUCCAAACUCGAAGCUAGCACCUGCCACAACUCGUUCAUAUAAACCGUUUUCUAUCCCAGCACUACCAUGUCCGAGGAACUACUUAUUUAGUUGUCAGGCGUCCUUGACACCAACUCAAUGUUUGUCUCCUCCUGCUCCUUCACCGUCUUACACUGUUCGAGCGAAAGCUUCAGCCAGCUCAUCUUAUGUCACACCACAAGGCGCGUACUCACAUAUCAUUCCUCAAUAUUCUUUCGCUGUGCCAGUUGUCAAGGAGCUAUUUUAAUAACAUUUAUUUUUGCAGUAAUCAGCAUAGUAAGAUAUUAAGAAUUUAAUACAAGAAAUUAUAAUAAACACUCAAAUAAAUUCUACAGGUUUAGCUCAUUAUUAUAA